GAACGGCGGCUCAUUUGACCGCAGUUGGAAAGGAUUACUCAGUUUAAGUUCAGUCCACAAAGAUCUUCACUUACUUGUCCGAGCUGACAUCCAGCUCAAAAUGAAACUGCUGUAGCAGCGGUGAUGAUUUACGCUAGCGAGACACAGAGCUAACAUAUUCAGACUGGGAGGGGACUGUGUGUGUUUGCUCCAAAAGCCACACCCCCUCAGAGAAUAUUUUUCAGGCUGAGGCUUCAGAUCAUCAUGAAAAAUUGCUUUGUAAGACAUUUAAGUUGUGGGAUUUUGGCUAAAAACUUUAAAAAAAAAAAAGAAUUUCAAAAUCAUAAUUAAAACACUACUGUGAACGUUUUUUUUUUUUUUUAAUAAAAUUGUCAUGGGGGGCUUCAAGCUAAGUACCCCUUCCUUGUCUUUCCUUACUUUGAGUUGCUUAAUGAGCAAUGUUUUUAGCUGCUAUGGGAGGAGGGAAUGUUUAUAUCCCAAGGCCUGUUUUAUAUUUUUUGCUUGUUCUUUCAUUGUUUUUCUAAAGCUUUUAUUAAUCUUCCUUUUUUUUUUCAUUGUUUUUACUCAGUUUUUCUUUUAUGGACUCAAACUCCUCCCAAUGGACAGCCGUGGACUAUAAUGUAGGAAGGACUUUUAGGACUCUACCCCUGGACCAAAUAAAGUGUUUUUCUCUUUCUCUUGAACAAGCCUGGUCUGUUUGCUCUGCUCCCGGCUGAUCUGAACCGUGGUGGAGGAAGAGAGCAACCGACUAAUUGCCCGCCUUAGCCCCACCACCCUUGUGACAUACCACGGCUGGCCGCACUUAAGUACUUCUAUUGGCUGAGGAACCAAUUAAUUUAUCUACUUUUAUAUGCUUUUUAUAUAUUUGGUCUUAUCAAGUGCUUCUAAUUUGUCUAAUUAUGCUUUUAAUCUGUGUUUGUUUUUUUUUGUUGCCUGUGUGGGGAGCCCUGCACUUGUUCCAAUGUAAUUGAACUAUUACAAAUGGCGAAUAAAUUGAAUGUGAUUCUGACAACAGUUUUAUGUAGCUCUGCAGAUGUGAUCAGAACAAACAUUUCAGGGAUGUAGAGGGAAGGAGGAGCGUACACAGAGGUGGGUGUUCUGUGGAGGAAUAAUGAGAGAGCACAGACAGACGUGAGAUUAAGAUCAGCAGAGCACAGAGCAACACCCGAGCCGAUUCAUAAAAUGGGAACAAAAGUCAUUUACUUCACUGUGAAUGGGAUACCAGAACAGGCGGAGUUCCCUGUCAACUGUCCAGAUCAGGAUGUCAAAGAUCUUUUUCGAUCCGCAGCAGAGGCAGGGCCCCAUGACAUUCUGAAACUUUACAGCCCCAAAGGCAGCAUCAUCAAUAUAUCCACAAGUCUGGAGCCCAACAGCCCCACCAGCUGCUACAGACUGGAAGUUGUGGCCACAGACUGCAGCAAUGAGCCAUUAGGGGUCAAAAUGGCUGGGGGACUUGACCUUUCAUCAAUAGAAAAAAGACUGCAAUGCUUGGAGAGGAAAAUCCUAAUCUUUGAUGGCAAGACCCCUUCAGUGGUGUUUGAAAUGAAGAAACAGGUGGACUCUUUUCGGGAGAAGCUGGAGAAUGUUGAACAUUUAAGCUGGCUGGGGCUGUUCAAAGAUCUUUCGGAGGGAACUCACAAGCCAUCGCCAUUCUACCACAAGAGAACUCUCCAAAAAACGAGGGAGGAAUGUGAGCGUGUACGGGAGAAGUUUCUACAAAUGAGCUCUCUGGAAGUCUCAGAAGAUGUGCGGCAUUACUUGAAGACUCCCACAUUUGAUAACUGGCAGUGGGAGGAUGCUGAGAUUAUGGCCCUCCUGCAAGUUAUGUUUACAGACUUAGAUUUUAUGGCAACCUUUAACAUUGAGCUUGAAACUCUGCAACAGUUCCUAUUUGAGGUCUACAAAAGAUACAAUAACAUUCCUUUUCAUAACUUCAAACACUGCUUCUGUGUUACCCAAAUGAUGUAUGGUUUGAUCUGGCUGACCGACCUCAGGAGCAAAAUGGACAGCAUCAACCUUCUGAUUAUGCUGACUUCUGCAGUCUGCCAUGACCUUGACCACACAGGUUACAAUAAUGCAUAUCAGAUAAAUGCACGGACUGACCUAGCUCUGCGCUAUAAUGACAUCUCUCCUCUGGAGAACCAUCACUGUGCUGUGACUUUUGAAAUUCUUCAAAGGAGAGAGAGCAACAUCUUUAGAAAUCUAUCCAUUGACCAGUACAAACGGAUGAGGGAGGGAAUUAUCAAAUGCAUCCUGGCGACUGACAUGACGAGACACAGCGAAAUUCUCAACAAGUUUAAGUCCAUCCUUCCAUCUUUUGACUUUACCAACAAGGAGCACAAAGAUCUGCUCAUGAUGAUCCUGAUCAAAGUGAGCGACAUCUCAAAUGAAGCACGACCCAUGGAAGUGGCUGAGCCAUGGUUAGACUGUCUUCUGCAGGAGUUCUUUAAUCAGAGUGAUGUGGAAAAGUUGGAGGGCCUCCCAGUGACCCCCUUCAUGGACAGAGAUAAAAUAACCAAGCCUUCCUCUCAAAUAGGCUUCAUUAGGUUUGUUCUUCUGCCCCUUCUCAUUGAACUCACCAAACUAUUUCCCUGUCUGAAGCAUCACAUCAUCGAGCCGGUGCGGAAAGCCCUUGAAUACUACACUGAGAUGGAGAAAGCUCUGGAGAAGGAACAACAGGCCUGGGCUCAAAGUGAGAUUGUAGCCAAGAGCAACGAGAAAGAUGAUGGCCAAGAUCAUGCUAACUCAAAGUGAAAAAGUUGUAGAUUGUGGGAUUUUUCCAUUGUGAGUACAGGGAUGUUUUGGAUUCAGAUAAAGGUCUUAAAAAUCAUUAUUUUGUCCUUUUACACUCAAAGUCAAAGAUGGCUUUUAGUCCAGUUCUUUAUAAACAAAAACAUUUACAUAUUCAGUUGUUUACCUACAAUAUUCAGUAUUGUCACAGACAGAUUCCUGUUUACACAGCUUAUACAAUUAGGAAACUGACAUCCAAAAAGCCAAAUCUCAGUUUUAUAAAAAAAAAAAAAAGUUUUCAAAGUAGUGUGGAGCCAUGUGCAAGAAGUAUGUUAUGCUCUAAAGCAGGGGUCCCCAACUGGCGGACCGCGGUCCGGGUCCGGACCCCGAGACCCUUUUAUCCGGACCGCCAAGCAUUUUUAAUAAAAAGUACGAUUUUUCAUUCAUCUUUACACGGCGAUUUUUGAACAGGCGCGCGCGAGGACAGCUACAUUCAGACCGGGGUCCUUCAACCGGCAAAAGCUCAAAGCGGUGUUCUAAUGUUUACGUAGUUGGGACGUAAAGUUAUCUGGAAUGUGCGUGAACAAUGGCUCUAUCUAAAAUGAGAAAAGUGGACUGAAAAUCGUGUCUUUGGAGAUGAUGGACCGAAGAUUUCGCUUUUAUUUACCAGCAGUGAGUUCUACGAGGCCGGUUUGUAUUAUAAGCAGGGAAUCUGCUGGUUUUAUUCAGAGCACUGAUAUCAAGCGGCGCUACGAGACAAAACACAAAACGUCUGACACAAAUUACCCGACAGAAUGAGUGACGUGGUCACGGAAAAUAGACGAACUGAAAGUACAGUGCGAGCGUACAACACACAGACGGUAACAGCACAACAACGAGCUCACGAGUGGAUUUUGGGCAAGCACUAAAAAAGUCACUCAGAAAUGAUUAAAGUGUGCAUGGAGGCAAAGACAGAAACAAUAUUAGAAGGAAAAGAGGGACAGCAGCUUCAAGAAAAGCUCAGACAGAUUCCCCUGUCGUCAACAAGAAGCUUUCCAGAGAUGUGCCGGGCUAUGGAGCUACACUGCUGCCAAUAUUAUUUGAAACCCAAAUAAGACAAA